GCGAAUUCUCCUCCAAGUACCUAAGCGAUCGUCAGCCGUCCAAUGGUUGAGCAGAGCUGAGCAGCGAUCAGCCAAUGGUUGAGCAAUGCUGAGCAGAGCUCAGUGCUCAACAGACCAAUCAUUGAGCGAGGAUCGGUAAACGUCAUCCAGCUGUAUGAGCUGUUUUAAAAAUACUGGCGGCCAUUGAUGAUCGAUUGGACUGUUUUCUUUACUAUAAGAUGAAACAUGGAGAAGCCUAGACAUCGGUGCAGCGUGUGCGACAAGACUUUCACUGAAAAGUCCAACCUGACGAGGCAUCUGAAGAUCCAUGCCGUCGCCAGGGAGACCUUUGACUGUGAUGUCUGCAGGAGGAGCUUGACCACCAAAUCAUCGCUGGUCAGCCAUCAACAGCAACACCAGUACCCCAACAUCGUUAUGUACCGGCAAGGAGAGGCCAGGCUGCAGUGUACAGAGGCAGCAAAGUCUGUGGCAGAGGCCCCCAGCACCGUUGAUGACCCUACAUGGCUGGAUCCCAAGACAGCAGAGGCGAUGGCCAAGAGGUCCGGGGGUGAGCUGUGGAAAGGUCAGCUGGUCAUCGUGUUCGGGAAGUACGCCGGUCAGACCUUCAAGUGGCUUCUAGAAAACGAUGUCGGCUGGCUGGUGUGGUUGCUGUUCCAGUACUGCCAGCAGGGAGAGCAGAACGAGCUGUUAAAGUGGCAGAAGGAGCGACUGCUCGCGUACGCCAGAGAGUUCCCUCCGGUCACAUGGCACCUUGAAAGGAGGUUGAAGGUAAGAUAAACUCAGUUA